AAAGCGCAACAGAUGCAUCAGCAGCAGCUGCGGAGGAAAACAUAAAUAAUGCAUCGCGAAUUCUCUCACACGAAAAAGGCAAUCCCAGUGACGACGACGAUGAUGGUGGUGAUGUGAGCGUACGCGUUUUCUUUCCGCUUAAUUGCUUGUUUUUUUCGCUAAUCUGUGUCGCUUAACUCGCGGAAGGGGCCAAAUACGAUCGAUUGGCCGGAGCAAGCCAAAUGAUUAGCCGAAAAAGGAAGAUGCCACUGGCUAAUGCAAGUGCACUGAACUGUUGACCUCAGGGGAAGUUUGAGCGAAGAGAGAAAAAAUGCACGGAAAAGGUCAAAAUCAGCAGUGCCUCGGGGAAACCACCACGACGGAUGGAUCGACGGUGAGUGUCGUGGUCAAACCGGCGAUCGAUUUCCUGACGCGCACCGACGAGGGGAAUUUCACCGUGACGAACACGGACAUCGUGUGGACGGUGGUUUCGAUUCUGAGCCGAAUCAUCAGCAUCCUGUUGAACAUCAACCUGGCGAUCGAUUACUACCGGAAGAACAAGCAUGACUACUUCAUCUGGACGAUGUGCGGCAUUCUGGUGCCGGCAGUGAUCACCAGCACGCUCUCCGUGUACAUGUACCUGGAGGACAUGAAGGAGCAAAAGCGCGUCCGCAAGCGAUGCUGUGAAAUUCUCACCUUCAUCAUCGUCGUCCCGUUCUUCUUCCGGUACUGUCAAUCGCUGGCAUACGCCAUCCAGAGCAAGAUCGCCGAAGCCCGGAACGAUCGGGAUGCGCAGAAGAAGUACUACGAGUUUAUGAUCCAGGAGGACAGCGACGUUGCGUUGGUGCGAAUUUUCGAAUGCCUGCUGGAGGCGGCUCCGCAGAAGAUCCUCCAGCUCACGAUCAUCUUGUCCGGGGAGGACGGAAUGGUGUGGCCCCAGCUGCUUGCGAUCCUCGGCUCGAUCGUCGGCAUCGCCUGGUGCAUGGCCUCGUACUAUCGCUGCAAUCGGUUCUCCCAGCCGGACAAACGGCACGUAACGUGGCUCGGGACGAUCUCGCAGAUCAUGUGGCACUUUUCGGUGACCAUCUCGCGCAUCCUGGCGAUCGCCAUCGUCGCCAGUCUAUUUCCACGGUACACGCUCUUCGCCUGCCUGGCGCACUCCCUAACCAUGACACUUUGGAUAUUCUUCUUCGACCGGUCGCCAUUCUGCAGCGAAACGAUGCUGCAUAGCUUCCUGUUUUCGCUCGUGCUCGGCGUGGUGUUCAUCUUCACGUACAUCCUGCCCCGCGUUGGUCGGACCUUCUACCGGUAUCUCAUCUACUACAGCCUGUGCGGCGUCGAGAACCUGGUCUGCGUGCUGAUCUACUAUCUGUACGUGCGCAAUCCGAUCAUAAUCAACUCGCGCUUCUACCUGCCGCUGCUGUGCGUGGCCCCGAUCGGUCCGUUCGUGUUUGGGAUCGGGUGCUUGGUCGUGUACUAUCAGCACUUUCACCCGAACAUCUGGUCCAGGCGGAGGAAGCGGUCCGGAGUGACAGCGGCAACGGAUGGGGAGAGCAGUGCGAGCGGCUCCCAGACAGAGGCUUCCGCGGAGAAUACGAAGGAAUGAAGUUUACCAGCAGUAAUUAACGUUUGAGACAUUUAUUAGAAUUAAGGGGUAGGUUAAGUAGGCCAGUUUAGGUUUGAGGAAGGAGAUGUGAACCGUCCCGUUUUGUUUUGUUUGUUGUAUGAAAUGACGAAAGGGAAAUUGCUAGACUGACUCAGAUGAAAUUUACUACUUAUUUUAUUUUUUCCGAACUACAUUCUUUACAGAGAUGAUCUUCACUAUAUUAAAUUUAGGUUGAACGUGAAAUAUACAAGCAUGCAUAUCGUUUGAAGAUAA